UUUGAAUUGAAAAUAUCUUGCAGUCGAAGAUUCACUGCGGAGCCGUUCUAUUUGAUUGACUGGAGCCUAACAUGGCCGCUGUGCACUAGAGCCUGUUAUUGCGACAUGGGUUAUAUAUGAAAUCAAGAUCGAGCUGGCAAUACCGGAAUCUAGAACCUAGGGUAAUGCCUGGGGGACUUGGAGGGACAAGAGAGAAAGGGGGAGUAAUGGAAAGGAUGUGAGAGUUCGUAGAUGAAUGUACCAAAAUACUACUACCGAAGACAAUGCAGAUAUCUAAGAGAUGCAUUUUUCUUCCGACCAUCAUAGUGGCUUCAGUAUUUCUAUUUUUAUGGGUGAGACAAAGGACUUGGGUGAACAACACCUACAACGGGGACACAAAGGCAAAAAACACAGAAAGACAAAAUUAUCGGAUAGGCUUACCUGAAUCCCUAGAUUUUACAUUUGAGGUAAGGUAUGCAGUUAUACGGCCGAGAAAAUACAGCCAGACAACUGGGAAGCGAUUUGUGUAUCUCAUUGAAAGCCCAACAAAGGGGGUCAUCAAAGGAUUACAAGAAACGAAAGAACGUGACGUCAUCUGGAUGACGUUUGCAGAUAGGUCAGGUGACAUUUACGCCCCAGACACCUCCGCUGCUUCCGGAAGAAAUGUGCUUCUUCAGCACGCGGUGAACUUAGCGGCCCAAAUGAAAGACGGUGGUUAUCUUUAUUAUAUAUUCAUGGACGAUGACCUGGAGCUUUCGGUUAAGUCGGACGGGCAGGUCAAUUGGAAACCUUGGCCAAAGAUGGCCUCGGACCCUUUUCAGAGGUUCGAGGAGUUUCUUAUGUAUUACCAACCGGCUGUAGGACACGUUCGUUACCGAGAUAUGGGUAGACAGCUUGUCAAUAAAAAACAACCCGUAAAUUUGAACUGGGAUUUUGACGAGUGUUUGAAUGCUUUUCACAAGGAUACACUGUCAUUUCUCAUUCCGUAUGAUUUGCACUUAGAUUAUGAAUCGUGGUUUAAUGGCGCCUGGAUGACUCGUCAGUUGAUCUCGAUGUUGUAUCAUAGCUAUCGCAUUCAGUGCAACUCGUUGCAUGUUACAAAUCGCAUUUCAAAUAGAAUGAUCUCAAAGGACAGAUACAAGCACAAUCUUCAUUUCGAAACACCGCGAAACUACAUCUCGUCUGCUUUGUUGACGAAUAUAAAAACUAACCCUCCCAAAGCCAACCCAUUAAUUGAAGCUGUAUUGAAAGGAACAUCUUCGCGCCAAAGUCCAGGUACUCUACAGCCAGGUCCUUACAUAAAGAUUCCAGGGAAACCGAAACUGAAAGGCAACCAAUCGUAUCUUGUGACACCGGAUUUCAUCCUUCAACACUGGGACAAUACCCAUCCCAUGAUUAGGAAGAAAUUAACUUGGUUGCAAAAACCAGAGAUACAGAAGAUCCUUGGGCUAGAUAAUCGUCUUCAGCAGCCGUUUACACCCGAUACUUUGUACUGCUCCGCACCGAAUAUCUUUUCACUAACUAUUGGACAGUGACAUCAAAAGGACUAAUGCAAACUUCCCAUGCAAUUUAUUUUCAAACGUCUAUCUGCAUAAGAGUCGAUCAUUUGAAUAAAUAUUUUCUUUUCAUAAAAUUAUGAUUAACUAAGCCAGAGACAAUGCUAUACUGGUAUUACAUGAUAAUUUCUUGUUGACAAAGAGUAUUUUGUAGAACAUUAUUCAAACACUAAUAGAGUGUUUUCCACGAAAUCGUACGCGUGAGCAUGCGCAGUUCGCGCCAUUUUGUGCGGGACUGUUUCUCAGGGGGCUAGAGUAGAAGGGGCCUUCAUGGACGGCUGUCACGAUGUAAAGUACCCCUGUAGAUCUCCCGCUCUUUGCAUUUAUCGGUAAUUGGUGGUCAUGACAACUGCUGUGUGUAUAACUGCAGCCACC